GGGCAAACAGCAGUGUUCCCGUCUCUUUUGUCCUGUUUUUCCCGGUAGUGACGGACGAUGAGAGUGGAAGGCACCGAGUAGUGGCUCAGCAGGGACGCUCUCAAUCUGCUUUAAAACGAGUUCAGUGUUCUCCAGGACUUACUGCGAUGAUGGAGAAAGCUGCUGUGCUGCUGCUGCUCUUCUGCUGCCUGGUCAUGUCUCUGUCAGGCUCCCCUCUCUACCCGUCCAUCAGGUUUGGCCAAAGGGACACGUCCAUCCUCAUGACUUCUUCCUUGAAGAAUCCAGCAGAACAGCAGGAUGAAGACAGGAUCCCUCUAAGAGACGGAGAGGAACUGCGCUCUGAACGUCACGCUGACGCCAUCUUUACCAACAGUUACAGGAAGGUCUUGGGCCAGAUCUCUGCCAGGAAGUUCCUUCAGACCAUCAUGGGCAAACGGCUCGGAGAUGAAAGUGAGAGCUACAUGAAACGUCAGUCAGACAUCUAUGAGGGGACGUUUAAAGAAGAUCUCACAUCCAUCCAGAGCGAUCAGAGGUACAGAGGAGGGCGGGGGAACGUCAUGAGGCCCAGAAGUUGAGGAUUAACUGAAGAGUGGGAGCCGUCACUGAUUGGGUUCUUUUGCUGUAUCUAAUGUAUUCUGUACAAAUUAAGUUAGUAAUAUUGUCUUUUGUUAGUCGUUAUUAAAAAUUAUAUUGUUAAUAAUAAUAAUUAUUUAAAACUGUGAAGACAACCUACGUUUGGUGUCAUUCCUGGCAAGGACGGGAUCAUUCCAACCAGCAGAUUUGAUUUACCUCGGCUUGCUAUGUUCCAUUGGAAAAACAAACUUUAAUGUGAUAUAUUAGGAUUUAUGUGAUGGGACACAAGAAGGUUCCAAAUUGUAAAGUGGAAAGGAAAUUAUGUAUGGAUUACAAAAUCUUUGAAAAUAAAAAUUUUAA